AUGUCAAAUGAAGUUGAUAGGUGGAAGAAUAAGAAGAAGCACUCCUUUGUAGCUUGCGGCUUGCUCUCUGGAGUUAUCACGAAGACGAUAUGUGCGCCGUUCGACCGAAUUCGUCUUCUAUACCAAGUUCAGCCAAUGUUUGGCCAAUAUCGCAACGAUUCGUUCCAAAAUAACAGGAAGUAUAAGGGAGUUUUGAGAACAGCACAAAAAAUAUUUAACGAGGAAGGUUUCCGGGGGCUGUGGAGAGGGAACCUGGCGAACACGAUAAGGGGCGGCAUAUGCUACGCAACGAAGUUCGGCAUGAACGACACGACGAGAGAAUACCUUAAAACUAACUCGAUGCUGCAAACGUGGCUGCGCAAACGCACAUUCGCGUCCUCGAACCAUGUGAGAGCGGAAUCUCAGAACGAAGUGCUGGUUUCACUUAUGGCAGGCGCGACGGCCGGCCUGGUUCAGAAGAGUUUGACGUACCCGUUGGACCUAUUGAGUGUAAGAAUGGCGCUGGGAGUAAACACCAAGCACCUGUCAACAUCGACAUACACAGGUACGCAUUGUAGUUUAGAAAUAGAUAACGGCUUAACAGCAGUAGAUAAUACCAUUGGUACCAGUAUAAACGGCGAUUGA